AUGUCUGCCGGGCAAUUUGACAAACAAUCAACACUCAAGAUAGAUCCUUCAAGAUCUAUUCCGACAUUUACAAUAUCCGGUCUUGCAAACUUGCAAUACAAGCUUACUGAUUUCUCACUCCUUCUAUCUUGUCUGCACCAGCGAGGGUUCACGAAUCCUACUCCCAAGACUGAAUCUGCCCGCUCUGCUUUGAGCUCCUUCACAUGUACUCUUUGCAAUAAAUCUUACUCGCGCCAUCCGGAAUAUGAAGCUCAUAUCUCUUCCUACGAUCACCAACAUCGCAAGCGCCUACAAGACCUGAAACAAUUGUCGCGAGAUCCUAAUGCUGCUGAAAAGGCAAGGAGGGCCGAGAGAAAGGCAGAUGCAGAGGCGGGACUGAGAGGGGGAGGAGGGUUUAAGAAAGGAGGAUUCAAGAGCUCCUUUACCACGGUCAAAGGACCAGUAUCUGCUACUGUCUCUACGAGGAAAAAUGUCCUAGGAGAUGACGAUGAUGAUGACGCCGACCAAGUGGUAGGAGCAGGUGAACCGAGCGAAUUUGUUAGGAACAAACCCAGACAGGAUACGGACGCUCAAGACGACAAUGCAGAAAGCGAUACUGACGAGGAGUACGCAAACGACGACACGGAGGCCAGUUUCUAUGAUCCUCGCAAACCUACCGAUUGCUCGUCACGGUGCCCGGGGUUUCAGCAUGAGCUUACCAUAGCAUGA